UUCAUCUCUCCCAAACCCUCAUCUUUUGUUACUCUCAGUCCCACAGUUCAACCUGUGAGUGCAAGCGUGUGUAACUGUAACGCAAUGUUGGGAGGAGCAUCCAAAACCUUCACAAAUUGGUUGGGAGGACCUUUUCCAUUCACCUCCCCAACCGAAACCAAAAUCAAACGGUCACCAACUAACCUCUCUUUUCCAUCCAACGGCUGUCGUUGCACCACUUCAGCCGCGUUACACCUUCCACUCACUGAGUCUGCAUCUCCGGGUCAGUUCCGAGUUGACAUCCUCUCGGAAUCGCUUCCCUUCAUCCAAAAAUUCCGAGGCAAAACCAUCGUCGUCAAGUACGGCGGCGCCGCCAUGAAAUCACCAGAACUCCAAGCCUCCGUCAUCAACGAUCUCGUCCUCCUCUCCUGCGUCGGCCUCCAUCCCGUCAUGGUUCACGGCGGAGGUCCAGAGAUCAACCACUGGCUCGGCCGUCUCAACAUCGAUCCCGUUUUCCGUGACGGCCUCCGUGUCACCGACGCGGAAACCAUGGAGAUCGUCUCCAUGGUUCUGGUCGGCAAGGUAAACAAAACUCUCGUCUCUUUAAUCAACAAAGCAGGCGCAACCGCUGUAGGUCUCUCCGGCAUGGACGGCCGCCUCCUCACCGCACGUCCGAAUCCUAAAUCCUCCGAUCUAGGUUUUGUUGGCGAUGUGGCGAGAGUAGAUCCAACUGUGGUCCGAUCUAUAGUCGACAGCGGUCAGAUCCCGGUAAUCACAUCUGUUGCGGCUGAUGAAUCUGGACAACCUUAUAACAUUAAUGCCGAUACAGUUGCCGGAGAAUUGGCGGCGGCGUUGGGGGCGGAGAAGUUGAUAUUGUUGACGGAUGUUGCGGGGAUAUUAGAAGAUCGGAAUAAUCCAGAGAGUUUGGUGAGGAAAAUUAACAUAAGAGAAGUAACGAAGAUGAUGGAAGAUGGGAAAAUCGGUGGUGGAAUGAUUCCGAAGGUUGGUUGCUGCGUGCGAUCACUGGCGCAAGGGGUUACCACCGCGAGUAUUAUCGAUGGUAGGGUUCCGCAUUCUUUGUUGCUUGAGAUUUUAACUGAUGAAGGUGCUGGAACUAUGAUUACUGGCUAAUUUACUCGAAAAUCAUGUUUUUGAUACUGUUUUUUUAAUAAAUUCAAGUUCUGUGUUUAUUCCCAAUUCGAAUUGUACUUUCAAGUUGUAAGAUUUUGUUCUUUUAUAAAAUCAGAAUUGGGGGAUUUUGAUCUUGAGUGCUUUUGUCAUCCGUUUAAUUAGGGUAUUUUAGAGUAAUAAUACUGUUACAACUAUUUUUAAUGGUGAUAAAUUCAUAUGUAAUUGCUCACUUUGUGGUUCGUGGACAUGAAACUAAGGAUGGUAAGUUAGAUAAGUCUUUUGUGUGGUUUUAAACAAACUUUUGUACAAUGGCAUGAAAGUUUGACAUGAAAGAACUUUGUGAAGCAAGUGUAAUUUCUGAUGUUAACAUUAUUAUGUUUAGUAA